AUGGGGGACGCAGGACUGUUCCCACAGCGAAGAUGCCGGUGUAGUAUGCAGAGGACCAUGAGUGUGCACCAGGACAACAUUUCCUUCAUAAACCAGCACCUCAUCAUUCUCGAGAUCCGUCUAGUGAGUUAUUUAAGUGACUGUUCUGGGAGAGUCGAGGUAUAUCACAACGAGCAGUGGGGGACCAUUUGUGACGAUGGCUGGGAUAUACACGAUGCCCAAGUGGUAUGCCGAGAGAUGAACUGUGGAAAUGCCACAUCAGCGUCGGGUACAGAACACCACCACCAAGGCUCCAGUGCCAUCUGGCUGGACAGAGUUGACUGCACGGGAAAUGAAGCAGCUCUCAGAGAAUGCCCCAAAAGUCCUCAGGAUGUGCAAAGCUGUGAGCACAAAAGGGUUGCACAUGUGGAGUGCUCAGACCCAGAGAAGAUCAGAUUGGUGAACGGUUCAAACAGGUGCUCUGGGAGAGUCGAGGUGCUCCACGAAAAGCAGUGGGGAACCGUGUGUGAUGAUGACUGGAAUAUGAAGAAUGCCCAAGUCGUUUGCAGAGAACUUGGAUGUGGAAAAGCCAUAUCAGCCCCACAAGGAGCUCACUUUGGAGAGGGAAGUGGCCACAUUUGGCUGGACGAUGUCAAAUGUAAAGGAAGAGAAGCUUCCCUCAGGGACUGCAAGCUAAGACCUUGGGGAGAGCAUAACUGCAACCAUGAAGAAGAUGCUGGUGUGGUGUGCUCAGACACAGCUGAGAUCAGGUUGGUGAACGGUUCGAGUCGCUGCAGUGGGAGAGUGGAAUUGCUCCAUAAUGGGAACUGGGGCACUGUUUGUGAUGACAACUGGGGCAUGGAAGAUGCAAACGUUGUGUGCCGGCAGCUGGGAUGCUCGACGGCGCUAUCAGCCCCACGUGCAGCACAUUUUGGCAGAGGAACCGGCAGCAUCUGGCUAGAUGACACCGAAUGCAGAGGCACAGAAUCGGCUCUGAGUCAGUGCCCAUCGAGGCCUUUGGGAGAAAAUGACUGCCAUCAUGGAGAAGACGCCGGGGUUGUGUGCUCAGUGCUCUGGGCCCCUGUUUAUUCCUGCUACAAGAGGGUGAUGCAGAUUGAUUAUUAA